AUGGUUACAGGUAAACCACCCAGCCACCCAGCCACCCUGCCACCCGGCCACCCAGCCACCCGGCCACCCAGCCACCCGGCCACCCAGCCACCCAGCCACCCGGCCACUCAGCCACCCGGCCACCCAGCCACCCAGCCACCCGGCCACCCGGCCACCCAGCCACCCGGCCACCCAGCCACCCAGCCACCCAGCCACCCGGCCACUCAGCCACCCGGCCACCCAGCCACCCGGCCACCCGGCCACCCGGCCACCCAGCCACCCGGCCACCCAGCCACCCGGCCACCCAGCCACCCAGCCACCCGGCCACUCAGCCACCCAGCCACCCAGCCACCCAGCCACCCGGCCACCCGGCCACCCAGCCACCCGGCCACCCAGCCACCCAGCCACCCAGCCACCCGGCCUCCCAGCCUCCCAGCCUCCCAGCCACCCAGCCACCCAGCCUCCCAGCCACCCAGCCUCCCAGCCACCCAGCCACCCAGCCACCCAGCCUCCCAGCCACCCAGCCACCCAGCCACCCAGCCUCCCAGCCACCCAGCCACCCAGCCUCCCAGCCACCCAGCCUCCCAGCCACCCAGCCACCCAGGCACCCAGCCACCCAGCCUCCCAGCCACCCAGCCUCCCAGCCACCCAGCCACCCAGCCACCCAGCCACCCAGCCACCCAGCCACCCAGCCACCCAGCCACCCAGCCUCCCAGCCACCCAGCCUCCCAGCCACCCAGCCACCCAGCCUCCCAGCCACCCAGCCACCCAGCCUCCCAGCCACCCAGCCUCCCAGCCACCGAGCCACCCAGCCUCCCAGCCACCCAGCCACCCAGCCUCCCAGCCACCCAGCCACCCAGUCUCCCAGCCACCCAGCCUCCCAGCCUCCCAGCCUCCCAGCCACCCAGCCACCCAGCCUCCCAGCCACCCAGCCACCCAGCCUCCCAGCCUCCCAGCCACCCAGCCUCCCAGCCACCCAGCCACCCAGCCUACCAGCCACCACCCGGCCACCCAGCCUCCCGGCCACCCGGCCACCCGGCCACCCGGCCAGCCACCCAGCCACCACCCGGCCACCCAGCCACCCAGCCACCUCCCAGCCACCCAGCCACCCAGCCUCCCAGCCACCCAGCCUCCAAGCCACCCAGCCACCACCCGGCCACCCAGCCUCCCAGCCACUCAGCCACCCAGCCACCACCCGGCCAGCCACCCAGCCACCCAGCCACCACCCGGCCACCCAGCCACCCAGCCACCACCCGGCCACCCAGCCACCCAGCCACCACCCGGCCAGCCACCCAGUCACCACCCGGCCACCCAGCCACCCCCCGGCCACCCAGCCACCACCCGGCCACCCAGCCACCCAGCCACCCAGCCACCACCCGGCCAGCCACCCAGCCACCCAGCCACCACCCGGCCACCCAGCCACUCAGCCACCCAGCCACCCAGCCACCACCCGGCCAGCCACCCAGCCACCCAGCCUCCCAGCCACCCAGCCACCACCCGGCCAGCCACCCAGUCACCCAGCCACCACCCGGCCAGCCACCCGGCCAGCCACCCAGCCACCCAGCCUCCCAGCCACCCAGCCACCCAGCCUCCCAGCCACCCAGCCACCACCCGGCCAGCCACCCAGCCACCCAGCCACCACCCGGCCAUCCACCCAGCCACCCAGCCACCACCCGGCCAGCCACCCAGCCACCCACCUCCCAGCCUCCCAGCCACCCAGCCACCCAGCCACCCAGCCUCCCAGCCACCCAUCCACCCAGCCUCCCAGCCACCCAGCCACCCAGCCUCCCAGCCACCUAG